AUUGGAAAGCUUCACGCUGCCAUUUUAGCAGCCCAGAAACCCCACACCUUGGUUGUCUUCUGUGUGUGCCCUUGAGACCCUUGCUAUUCCCAUGAAGGGAAAAGGGGGAGAAACUUUCUGGUUUUCACCCUUUCAAUCUUUUAUUUCUUCUUUCUUCACCAGGGAAAGGAACAUUCCACGGAGCCACAUUCGUCACGAUGAGAAACAAUUCAACAUCUUGUAGAUAUUGAAUAAUUUAGAAUUGAAAAGUGCAGUAAAGAAACCAGACAUAAAGGAAGAGGAAAUGCUCCGAAGUGCACUCACACUUCAGAAAAGUAAAGUGUCUAUCUUGCAUUUUAAAGUACCAACAUGGAGAGCCAAUCAUAUCAAUGUACUGAAUGUGGAAAAAGUUUUAGUCAGCAGAAUCUUCUGCAGUUACAUGAAAGAACUCACACUGGAGAGAAACCCUACACAUGCCUGGAAUGUGGGAAGAGCUUCACGCAGCGUGGAAAUCUACGUAAACAUCAAAGUGUUCACACUGGGGAGAAACCCUAUAAAUGCCUGGAGUGUGGAAAGAGUUUCACUCAGAGUGGACAUCUACGUUCACAUCAAAGAGUUCAUACUGGGGAGAGACCCUAUGAAUGCCCAGAGUGUGGAAAGAGUUUCACACGGAGUGAUCAUCUACGUUCACAUCAAAGAGUUCACACUGGGGAGAAACCCUAUGAAUGCCCAGAGUGUGGAAAGAGUUUCAUUUGGAGUGGAGAGCUACAUUCACAUAAGAGAAUCCACACUGGGGAGAACCCCUAUACAUGCCCAGAGUGUGGAAGGAGUUUCACUCGGAGUGGAGAGCUACGUUCACAUCAAAGAGUUCACACUGGGGAGAAACCGUAUGAGUGCCCGGAGUGUGGAAAGAGUUUCACUCGGAGUGGAGAGCUACAUUCACAUAAGAGAAUCCACACUGGGGAGAAACCAUAUACAUGCCCAGAGUGUGGAAAGAGUUUCACUCGGAGUGGAGAGUUACAUUCACAUAAGAGAAUCCACACUGGGGAGAAACCAUAUACAUGCCCGGAGUGUGGAAAGAGUUUCACUUGGAGUGGAGAGCUACGUUCACAUCAAAGAGUUCACACUGGGGAGAAACCCUAUGAAUGCCUGGAGUGUGGAAAUAGUUUCACUCAGAGUGGACAUCUACGUUCACAUCUAAGAGUUCACACUGGGGAGAAACCCUAUGAAUGCCUGGAGUGUGGAAAGAGUUUCACUUCGAGUGGAAGUCUACGGUCACAUCAAAGUGUUCACACUGGGGAGAAACCCUAUAAAUGCCUGGAGUGUGGAAAGAGUUUCACUCAGAGUGGUAAUCUACGUUCACAUAAGAGAAUCCACACUGGGGAGAAACCCUAUGCAUGCCUGGAGUGUGGAAAGAGUUUCACUUGGAAUGGAGAGCUACGUUCACAUCAAAGCGUUCACACUGGGGAGAAACCCUAUGAAUGCCCAGAGUGCGGAAAGAGUUUCACUUCGAGUGGAAGUCUACGGUCGCAUCAAAGUGUUCACACUGGGGAGAAACCCUAUAAAUGCCUGGAGUGUGGAAAGAGUUUCACUCGAAGUGGAAGUCUACGUUCACAUCAAACAGUUCACACUGGGGAGAAACCCUAUACAUGCCCAGAGUGUGGAAAGAGUUUCACUCAGAGUGGGGCCCUACGUUCACAUCAGAGAACCCACACUGGGGGAUACCCUAUAAAUGCCUGGAGUGUGGAAAGAGUUUCACUCAGAGUGGAGAGCUACGUUCACAUCAAAGAGUUCACAGUGGGGAGAAACCGUAUGAAUGCCUGGAGUGUGGAAAGAGUUUCACUCGGAGUGGAGACACAAGCCAGUCAGGGUGGUCCCAGUGGUGAUCGGCACACUCUGUGCAGUGCCUAAAGACCUUGGCCUGCACUUAAACACAAUAGGUUCUGACAAAAUUACCAUCUGCCAGCUGCAAAAGGCCACCUUACUGUGAUCUGCAUGCAUUAUUCGCCAAUGCAUCACACAGUGCUAGACACUUGGGAAGUGUCCGAUGUGUGAUCCAAUACAACAGCCAGCAGAGUGAUCUUGUCUCCUGUGGACUCAUCUUGUUGUGUUUCAAAUUAUUAUUAUUAUUAUUAUUAUUAUUUUACUCUGCUUCCAUCUCCUGGGAGGGACGUGGGACGGCUUACAUAGGGACCAAGCCUGAUCAACAUAGUUAAAAUGUAACACAACAUCAUAACAAAAUAUAAAACAACCAUUGAACUAACAACCAAUGGACCUGAAAUAGUGACCGGUUUUUGGCACAGAGGGCGAAUUAGUGCAGUCAAUUGUAAAGGAAGGGCUGAUAGAAAAGGUGCCCAAGUCGAAGGGCAAAAUUAGGGAUAGAGGGCAAUGUAAAACAGAACAUUAUAUCUUUGGGUAGAGAAUGGUAGUAAAGUGCAAGGACGAAAUUUUGGAUCAUACCUGGGGCCAAAAUUGUCUGGCACAUGUUCUCUUCCAGUGACGAACGGCUAGAGGAAAGAUGUGUCUUUGGCUACUCUUGUAUAUAGUUUUGUAUUUUUUAGUAAGAGCAAUAAAUCUAAGUGCCGCUCCGGGCUUUGGAGCUGACUGAAGGCAGCACACUUCAUGUGUUUACUUUUGUGCUUCUUAGCAGAUGCUCUGAGGUCACUGAAUUGUCACAACGUUCACCCAUCCAAUGUUCUGUAUUUUCCAACGCAAUCUGCUUCCCGCCUGGAUCCGCAGCUGUUUCACUACAUUGUGAUGUUUUGAUGCUAAAUUUGUAAAUACAGUAAAUACUACAUAACCUUACCAUGAAUUGAACUGCUUUUUCUGUUGUUUGUUGUAAAACAGGAUGUUUUGAUGCUUAAUUUUUAAAACCAUAGCGAAAUUUGAUGUUUAAUAGGCGUUUCUUUAAUCCCUCUUGAUUAUCCAACAUUUUCGCUUAUCCAACAUCCGUUUAUGUUGGAUAAGCGAGACUCUACUGUAGUUGUUAUGUGUAUCAUUCAGAUGACUCCCUAUAUUGCACAUUGUAGUGAAUCUUACCUGAAAGGAAGCCUGGAUAACAGUACGGCAAACCUCCAUUUUGGGAGUGGAAGCCAGGGAAGCAGCCAUCUUGAGUGAGGAUAGUUAGAAGAGGGGAGGAGUUUGGAGUCUGCAAGGAUUGGCCAGAGCAGUUGGGAGACGCCAUGUCUUAGGAGGGAAAAAGAAUUCAGCUUCUGUGGGAGGUGAGAACUGGGAGCUGGUGUGUGAAGAAGGGUUUUUGAAACUGGGUUUUCAGGGAGAGAGUGUCUGUGUUAGACAGUGCUGUGAGCUGACAGGAAAAAGGUCAGGCAGCAAUCUGAUUUCUCGUGAGAGUUAGCACAAGAGAUUGUCUCUCCAGGCUGGGUUAGUUAGCAGGAAGAACUCUGGGGUAGAGUUAGUAAAUAACCCAGGGGACUACCUAGGAUAGGUUAGUCAGAACUCAUGACUAUUUCUCUGAAGCAGAGUGAGGGUUUUUUGUUGCCAACAGUGAGAUCUGUUUGGUUAGUUCUGUGUGUAACUAAGUGAAGAGAACUAUUCAAGUAACCAUCAAGCUGAAGUACUUUUGUAACAAGUCACGCUUUUUGUAUCUCAGAAGUAGUUAGUUGUCUGUUUUAUAAAUAAAUCUUUUUCUGUUUAACUUUCAAAAA